AUGCGCCUGCAUACCCUGCACGAACUGGACAAGACGGAGGGCACAGUCCAACUCCGCAAUGCCUCGAGCCCGGAAUCCUCUUCUCUGGUCCUCUUCCCGCAGCCCUCGGCCACAGACCCCAAUGAUCCUCUCCGAUGGCCCCGCUGGAAGAAGCAUGUGGCCUUCCUGUCGGUGUGCGCCUUCACCUUCCUGACCAACUACGGCAUUGGUGGCCUGGCUCCGGCGUUUUACAUCCUGUCGAUCGAAUUCGACAAGUCAAUGGCCCAGACGAGCGACCUCCUGCUGUGGCCCAUCUUGGUUCUCGGCGCCUUCAACUUCUUCUGGGUACCACUGGCAAACUACUUUGGCAAGCGGCCUGUCUUCGUGUUCUCCUGCGGUCUGCUCUGCGCUUGCUUUGGGUGGGGCGCCGCGGCAACCACGUUUGAGUCGCUGCUGUGGUCCAACAUCGUGGCCGCUUUUGCCGGGUCGUCGACCGAGGCUCUAGGGGCGAGUAUUGUGAACGAUCUGUACUUUCUCCAUGAACGUGGAGCCAAGAUGGGCGUGUACAUGAAUUUCAUCUGUGGAGGAAACACCCUGGGGCCGCUGAUAUGCGGGUUCGUGAUCACUGGCCUGAGCUGGAGAUGGCAUAAGUGGAUCUCCUUCAUCUUGACGGCGAUCAACUUUGUCACGGUGCUCCUGUUUGUGCCAGAGACACGGUACUAUCGUGAGGAGAACCAGAAAGCGGCUGGCGCCGAGAGCGAGACUGUCCUGUCGUCAGGAGAGGAUGCAGAGGGUAACGUCGACUCGGAGAAGACGCCAAAAGCUGCAGUGAAGAGCGAGGAAGACCAGACGCCGACGGUUCCGAAGAAGACUUGGGUCCAAGAGCUGAGUCUCUGGUCCGGAGUCGCGCCGGACACGAACCUUCUCAAGAUGUUUGUGCGGCCAAUGCCAAUGUUCGUUUACCCGUGCGUCAUCUAUUCGUUUCUCGGGUACGCAGUAGCGCUCGUUCUGACGGUGGCGGUCAACAUCCUCAACCCCUUCGUCCUCCAAGCCCCGCCUUAUAGCUGGUCGCCCAUGAUCAACGGCCUGAUCAACGUUCCGGGAUUCCUCGGAAACGUCGCCGGCAGUUAUGCUGGAGGGUGGCUUGUCGAUGUGUUCUGCGAUUGGCGGACCAGGCGCAACAACGGCGUGUUCCAGCCCGAGAAUCGGCUGUAUCUGUGCAUCCUGCCGCUGCUUAUUACUGGAGCCGGGUGCCUCGUGUUCGGGUACGGGGUCGAGAGGACAAUGCACUGGACGAGUCUCUUCUUUGGCUACGGGAUGGUGUCUUUCGCGCUCAGCGCAGUCCCAACCAUCACCAUGGCGUACGUCUCCGACUGCGUUCUUCCCGUGAACGCGGAUGCGCUGAUGCUUGUCAAUGGUUCGAAAAACAUCGUAGCAUUUGGAUUCCUCUAUGGUAUCAUACCGUGGGUAGAGCAAGUUGGGUACAUCAACUGCUUCGGUGCUCAGGCUGGCAUCUAUGUCGCUGUCAUCGGUCUUGGGAUGGCACUGCUGAUUCCAUUCGGUGAGAAGAUAAGACACGUGCAAGCCCAAUGGCGCAUCAUUUUGUGA